AUGAUCUCAGGCAGCAAAUCUACUUACUCCAAACCAACCUUCUCUGCUAUUGUUCAAGAAAGUCUGCAUAGCAAUCAAGCAGAGCAUCAACCGGUUGAAAUCAAACAAGGUACUCAUCUGGGAAAACGUGUCGUUUAUUUCAAUGCCGAAGAUUAUUUUGUUAAUCUUGCCAAAGAGUGCAAAUUAACUAUAGUGGGUAAAUUCAUUAGAGGAAAGCCGCCUAUGGAGGAUAUUAGGAAAAGUUUUGUUAGUCAAUUUCAAUUGCGGCGCACUCCGAAAAUAGCUUACUUUGAUCCGGAGCAUGUGUAUAUAGACUUCUACAAUGAAGUAGAUUACACUCACAUUCAAUCCAAAACAUAUGUUUAUAUUGAUGAAUGCCCCAUGAAAGUUCUCAAAUGGUCCCCAGAUUUUACCCCUAAAAAGGAAACCUCUAUUGUUCUGGUAUGGGUGCUCAUUCAUAAGCUCCCAUGGCAUUUGUUCAAAUGGGACAUUCUUGCUAGGAUUAUUAAGUCUGUCGGGACGGCGGUUGCUCCUGACCAGGCCACUUAUUCUAAAUCCCGAGGAAAUGUUGCCAAAAUCAAGGUCAAAAUUGAUUUGCUUAAACCAAGAUUGGAUCAAAUUUGGUUAGGCUUCAAUAGGUUGGAAGGUGGUGAAGAUGGAGUGUGGCUUGAUAUUGAAUAUAAGGGAGUACCAUCUUAUUGUAAUUACUGUUGUAUACAAGGGCACCUGGAAUCUCAAUGUAGAAAAAAGGCUAGAGAUGACAGAAUCAAGGCUCAAAAGAAAGAAGCUGAAGAGAAGGAAAAAAAAAAGUUGCUCAAGACAACAACACAUAAGAUCAAGAUGGUUUCACUGAAGUUACGAGAAAAAACAAGAAGCAAUCCAAAAAGAAACACAAUAUGGAAACCAGUAGCAGCAAACACCAGAAAACUAAAAACAAAGAGGACAAAUCGCAACUCUGCCAACAACUAG